UAAAAAGAUGUCAAAGCACAUUUGGUCAGCCAUUUUCAACAUUUUGCAAAGUUCGUUUUCCCAUAUUUUCUUUCGUCUUCUUUCAGCUGAAAGUGAUGCCAAAAAAGAUAUUGUGUUCCUUCUUGAUGGCUCAGAUGGCACAAGGAAUGGUUUCCCUGCCAUGCGUGAUUUUGUCGAAAGAGUGGUAAAGAAACUCAAUGUGGGACCAAACAGAGAUCGUGUCUCUGUGGUCCAGUACAGCAGAGAUGCAGAGGUCCAGUUCUAUCUGAACACGUACACCUCAAGAGAUGCUAUUGGGGAUGCAGUCAGAGGGCUCAGACACAGAGGAGGCAGACCUCUCAAUACAGGGUCUGCCCUCCAAUACGUCAGAGACAACAUCUUUACAAACUCCUCUGGUAGUAGGCACCAACAAGGUGUUCCACAAAUAUUAAUCCUGCUAAAUGGCGGAAGGUCUUCUGACAGCAUUGACAUCCCAGCAUCCGCUCUCAAACAGCGGGGCAUCUUUACAAUCACCAUUGGAACACAGAGCUCUGACAACAACGAACUCCAGAAGAUUUCUUAUGGUCCGAGCUAUUCUCUGUCCGUGCCUGAGCUCACUGACCUUCCCAAUGUCCAAGAUCAGCUUUCCUCUGUAAUGAGCAAAGUCUUAAGGGCAGUGCCCGGGACACCCACAUUGACUGUGGACGGACAGGCAGUAGGAAGAGAUGUUGUUUUCUUGUUGGAUGGAUCUGACACCACAAGAAAUGGAUUUUCUGCUAUGAGAGACUUUGUCCAACGAGUAGUAGAGACACUUAACGUGGACGACAACAGAGAUCGUGUCUCAGUAGUUCAGUACAGCAGAGACGCAGCUGUCCAGUUCUAUCUGAACACAUACACGACAAAGGGCGAGAUCCUUGAUAUUGUCAGAGGUCUGAGGCACAAAGAUGGAAGACCCCUCAACACGGGAGCAGCUCUCCAGUACUUGAGGGAUAAUGUCUUCACAGCCUCUGCUGGGAGCAGGCGGCUUGAGGGAGUUCCACAGGUCCUAAUUUUGCUAAGCGGUGGAAGGUCUUUUGACAGCGUUGAUGCAUUAGCUGCUGAACUCAAACAGCUGGGAGUGCUGAUCUUUGCCAUCGGAACCCGGGGCUCCGAUAGCAGAGAACUGCAGAAGAUAGCCCACGACACCAGCUAUGCUCUGUCUGUGACUGAAUUCUCUGACCUACCAAGUAUCCAGCAACAGCUCCAGACCUCCGUGAAUACUGCGGUGAUUGACGUCACCCCAGAAUCACCACCAGUCAUUGGUACGUUUACAAUCACAUGAUAUAAGUAUGCACGGAUAGGUUAUUCGAUCUUCCAUAUCUUCAGUGACAAAGAUACUGAGCUAGCGCAAAGCUUAUUUUUUCUGAGAUGGGGAUUUCUCUUAGAAUAGGGCUUGAAGUUAAAAGAGGCAGCACUCGUAACUUAAAAAGAUGUCAAAGCACAUUUGG